CGGAAGGAGAAGUGCUGUGGAGGGAGGGAAAAUGGCGUCGCUGCGGCGGUUGUGUGAGUGCGGUGGUAUCUCCCGCUUCACCCCUCCGCGGGUUUUAACUACUCCCCAGACAAGCCUGGUUGUCAUCAGAUGUGCUUCUAAGAAAACUGGAGGCAGCUACAAAAAUUUAGGUGGUCGCAGCCCUGGCAAGCGCUAUGGAUUUAAAAAAGUAGACGGUGCAUUUGUGCAUGCAGGCAACAUUCUGGCUACGCAGCGGUUGAUACGCUGGCAUCCAGGGGCUCAUGUGGGGAUGGGCCGUAACAAGACGCUGUAUGCCCUGGAGGAUGGGAUUGUGAGAUACACCAAAGAGGUCUACGUACCUCUGCCCCGCAGCAGUGAGAGCAGGGAAGUGAUCUGUCGUCUACCCAAAGGAGCGGUUCUUUAUAAAACCUUUAUCAAUGUUAUCCCUGUCACAGAAGUAGGAAGCUUUAAACUCGUCACCAUGCUCUGAGCCUCCUAUGUCACAUAGGGAGGGACGGGAAGGAGCGACUGGGACAGACCACCACAGCUGGACUGGCAUGAGAGGACAAUAUUAUUCUAGCUCUGAAGAUACCAGUGUAGGACUUCUUGCUCCUAAAGCACGUGUGGUCAGUGUUCAGGCACUGGGAUUACCUGCCAGCAUUUGUAAGAGUGAUUAAUAAAUGCUGUGGGGCUGCUGAA